CCUGCGUGUGACCGACCUUUGCGUCCUCAAGCGAAAUUAGCUGCGACCACGGGUCUGGGCUACGGUCCUGUCAGGGAAUAUCGGAGACUAGUUUAAGUCUGUAAACAUGGUUUAUGAGAGGAAAAUGAUCGGUAACGGGGAUCCCGAGGAGGAGGAAGAAGCGGAGGAGGAAGAGGAGGAGGAGGAAGAAGAGGAAGAAAUGGUGGACCCGCUAGAAACAAUCCGGGCCAAGUGUGAGCAGACGGAACACUGCGUCCACUACAAGGAGCGUCUGGAACUGUGCGAAGCCCGAGUCAGCUCCAGAUCCAACACCGAAGAGGAGUGCACUGAGGAGCUUUUCGACUUCUUGCACGCACGGGACCAUUGUGUGGCACACAAGCUGUUCCAUAAUGUCAAAUGAUCCGGUUCCUCUGACUGCAGCUGAAUUCCCUUUGUCACUUGUAACAUAACCUCACUGGUCUGUCUUUUAUUCUGUUGCUGUAAAUGAUGAUGGUUGCCAUGAAUAAAAACAUCCAACUGAACAA